GCACAUAAGUAGUCGCAGGAUCAGUCGAGUCGAGCCAUCACACGAAUGAUUUCAGUACUUCACCUUAUAAGUGUGUGUGUGUGUGUGUUAUUCCACGCAGCUGUAAGAUAAGUUAGGUCACUUGCAGAAGGUUAUGUUUUAAACAUGACGAAAACAAAACCGCAUUUUUUCUUUAUUCGUUAAAUCUUUUUAUUUAAAGUUUAGCUCGAAUAAAAAAGCUCAUGUAAAUUAGGUGUUAUGUAAAAUAGAACCUAGUAAGCGCGAUAAGUUAUGGCGGAACGAGGAGCUCAUCUUACGGGAACUGUGUUCGCCAAACCUUCGAUUUUCGAAAUAGCUGCACAGAAAUCACUUGCUGCUACACUUGAACCUGCAGCAAAAAAAAUCAUAACUUUUAUAGCAUCAGUGAAUCCUGACAAGUAUGCUUGGCUCUAUCAGUGGUCGGAUGAGGUUUAUCUUGUAUUGAUCUCAACUCUGCAACACUACUACCUCAAAAAUUACUCUGCCUCAUUUUCUGAGACAUUUUAUGGUUUAAAACGUAUAGUGUUGAAAGAUUCCAAAGUACAGUUGAAUCUUGAUAAAAAGAGGCUGAAUUUUUCACUAAUCAUUUUAGUCGUUUUUCCAUAUUUGCAAAAAAAAAUUGAAAAUUGGGAAAAUCAAAACCUUGACUUAAACACUGCACAACAAACCAAAUGGAAAGUUCAUAUUUCCAAAACCUACAAGAUUGUUCGAGCAGUAAAAGAAGUUUUAACUUUAUACCAAUAUCUACUGUACUUGUCUAAUCGUUCAGAAUAUCCAACAUUGUCUUUGCGUUUACUUUCAACUUCUUUGACAUAUGCAAAAGACAAUGAAGAAAUCGGUUUGAUUGAAUUACUCAAAAAAUUAGGUCAUGGAAACUUUAGUGCCAAUGAUGGAUUGGAGGUGAUUCGCCUGACAAUUGUUCGCUCCAUUGAAGUCAGUGCCUUUUUCCUUCAAUUUCUUCAAUGGUGGAAUCAAGAGCAUUAUCACAACUUCAAUUUAACAACAUUGCCAGUUCCACCAGCACCACAGAUUCCAGAAUUUGCAAAAAAAUAUAAAGGUAUAUGUCCUAUUUGUAAAAAACCACCAUGGAUUCACACAGCAAUAUCUACUUCUGGGUUUGUUUACUGUUAUACUUGUAUCUUGACAGAAGUUAGAAAGAAUCAAAAAUGUCCAGUUACUGGAUAUCCAGCCAAAGAAGAUCAUCUUAUUAGACUUUAUGUACAAUAAUUUUUUAAUUACUUUGAAAAUUUUGAAGGAUAUCAGACUCAAACUUAGUUUAGUUCAAGAUAUUUUUAAUAUACAUGGAAGGACCCAAUGAUUAUUCUACAAACAAGAUUUAAAAAUAACAUGAUGUUUAUAACGUCAUUUACCUUAGUGAGAAUUGUUAAUAUACAAGGUUUAACUAGUAUGUGAUAAAUGUGGGGAACAAAAUACACGACUGGUGUAGGAAAGGAAGAUGGAUUAAUAUAAGAUAUUUUGUAUAUAAUUCAUAGGCUUUAUUGAUUAAAAUUGACUUUUGUAAGAUAUAAUGUAA